UAUAUUAAAAAAAUACAAAGUAUAUAGUGUGAACACAUUUAUGAAUAUAGUGUGAACGCGUUAGCAUAUUUAUUAUCAAAUCAUUGUGAAGCUGCCACGUGUCUAUUAUAGUGUGAAUGCAUUUAUUACAAUGCUUCUCCUUUAAUAUAUAAGGGAUUACAAAAGACUUAAAUACACACACAUAUUCAGUAUUCACUAAUGUAUAGUCUUAUUUUAUUUUUAAUUAAUUUUAUUUUUAGAAUUUUAUCCUUCAUUUGUUUCUUUUUGCAACAUAUUUUAGCAUAAACAGAUAAAUUAAAAUUUUACUUUUAAUAAAACCACUUGGUUAAAAAAGUAACUAAAAAUAAUUAAUCAUUGUUAUGCUGAACAAAUAGGACAAAAACUACACAUUAACUUUUAAUAUUUUAAUCAAUUGUUUUAAUAGUUUUGCACAGAAAGUUUUAAGACAUCAUACAAAUUGAAUAAAACUAUAUUCAAGACAUCAUACAAAAAAACCGGAGAGAGUAUUAUUUAAUAUUGAUUAAUAGUAUCUUUAUAUAUUUACCAACCGAUUUUAUAUACUUUACAUACACAUACAUGUGAACAUUGGCGUGAGCAUCUAUAUAACUAAAUAUUCACCACAACUGAAGUAUCUAAUUCUCUUAGAAGUUGAAAUAUUUUUUAAUGCUUCUCUCACUAUUGACCAAAUUGUAAUAAAAUAAUUUUUCUUAAUAACUUUAUUUUUCUUUUCUUUAACUAUUAUAUGUUUAAAAACUAUAAUGCGAAACAAUUGGUUCGACAUUAGAACUAUCUAAAAUUCAUGAAACCUAAAAAUCAAACAAAUAAUAAUAAUUUUUGGUUAUCACCGGAAAACCAAAACCAUCAACAAUUUGAAUCAAACAAACCAAAAUAAAUAUUAAUUUAGAAUUAUAGUUAUAUUUUAAGAGAUUAAAAACCAAAAAACUAACUUAAUUAAAACUGAACAGAUAUUCAGAUUAAACAUAUUUAAUGUUUCCUUAUUAAAAAUAACAAAACUAAUAAUCACAUUCUUGCGCGGAUUAUUACCUAGUAUAUAUAUGUGAGUAUAUAUAUGUGAGUCUGAAUUAGUACACAUCAAACAGAAAAUUAAUUAGAAAUUUGUUCAUUUUGCUAGAUUUGUAUUCAAGAACAGAUGCAUUAAUUAAUAUCGUACGGUUAAAUCAGCCCUGUAACAACAAAGAAAUACCGUACGGUUUGUGAAAGAAAUCAAUCACUGGAACAGAAGGUACAACUCGGAGAUCGUUAGAUGUUCCAGCAACGUACAUUCCGUGUGUCUCGAUUUCUUCCCCUCUCCGGUCACUUGUGUUAAACGGAUAUAGACAUAGAGUGAAGGAGUUUGUGUAGGUUUGGUUAAUACCAAGCCUUAAAUAGAGAAAAUAUCAUUUCGAUCAUCAUUAUUACAUUGUCUAGUAUACGAAUUACUAGACUUGUUAAUUUUCACGGUACAUUUUAGGUAGUGAUAAUGUUAGAUAUCUUAUAUACUAUCAAUUCAACUCAUAUCUGCUGUUGUCAACCUUAAACUGAAAUGGACAGCUCUUGACAAAAAAAAAAAAGAAAUGGACAAUCUAGUUCUAUGUUCUUGGCAUCUUAGAUCUAAAAAGUAACAAAGAGUUUUGGUAACAAGCAAUUCGACUACCUUUUAGUAUUAGUUGGAAAAUAUUCCAAAUUUGGAUUAGGUAGUGUGGUAGCUUUUCUAAGAAACUAAUUAUAUUUUCACCGAGAAGCUGAUAGGAACAAGUGAACUUAAAAAAAAAAAAAAAAUUUGAAACACGAUAGGAACAAGUGAACAACAUAUGGAAUAGUAACAAAGAGUGAAAAUGUUUUUUUCAAAAUUAAAGGCAAGCCCAAAAAUGCGAAUAUGGAAUAGAGAGGGAAAAUAAGACAUGGAUUUCACAAGUUUAUGCUAAACUAUACGAAUUGGGUUGUUUCAGAGGCCGUCAUAUAGGAGAAUCCAUAGGCCCGACGCUACCAUACGGUGUACAUUGUACUAAACGCAUACACACAUAUAAUAAUGUGAAAAAGAUGCGGGAAGGAGAGACAUUGUCAUCUUUUAGCUUUCGUCAAAGUGGUGACACGUGAAGCUUGUCAGAAUCCACUACUCCACGUGCCCUUUUAGUUGUACCCGUCUUCCGCUAUCCAUAAUCAUUGAGUUUAUCAACUUUUGUUGUUGUGUGCGUCAUAAUAUUGACAUCAAAACCUGAUUAAACAACAAAAUUGACUUGUGAAAAUAAAAUUAUCGUAGGGCUUUUUUUUUUUCCAUCUGUAUUUUAUUAAACAGGCAAAAGUCAUAAAAAAACCAUACAAAGGCCCAAUCCCUAUAAGCCCAAAAACAAACGGGCCAAAGAAAACGAAAAAACACAAGGCCUACAGCCCACCUACGAAGUCGGGCAGGCCGACGAAAAAAAAAACAAAAAAAAAAAACACACUUUAAGACACGCAUGUCGAAAAGAAGACCACGUGUCAUCACCUCAACAACAAAGGAUACACGCGUCACACGAUAACACACCUCCACCGAUCGCGGCCCGACCGCGAAGAAACUACCGGCGAGGACGAAAUACGACCACGAAGUUCGCCGGAACACACCGGAAUCAGAAUCACACCACCAGAUACAACCGAGACCUUGACCAGAUCCACCGAAACCACCUCCAACGACAGUAUUGGAACUGGAUUCAGUUUCUCAAAUGAACGCGUCGGAGAGAAUCAAUCGACCGGAGUCGAGAUCUCAUCCAAGCUCAGGCCCCCACCACCAUGACGAAACCUUCACACACCUCGAGCACUCCCCGAGGAAACCAAACGACCAACCAAUCUUGCGAUACUUUAGCCGGCAAUCACCACCGAAGACGAACUGAACGGCUCGAAAAAGAGCUCGUAACGCCAUCAAUGUUUCAUCGCCGGAUACAAACGCUGGAUAGUUCCACCGAAGAAAGCGCGAACCACCGGAAGCACAGUCAGCUACACGCCAUCGAGGAGACAGCCGUAUACCGGAAUCGAUAAACACAACUCAUGGAGAGAACCACCGCGACUCUCGAUCUCAAAGUCUCAGAGAGAAAAGAGAGAGAGUCUACCAUUCCCUUUUUCAAACCACGUGAAGAGCUUACUGUGAGGGAGAUUUGUUUUAUUAAAAUACAGAUGGAAAAAAAAAAUUAUCGUAGGGUUUCUGCAUCAAUAAAUCUUUCGUACAAUAACUUGUGAAUAAAGAGUAAGAAAAGAGAAUGAAAAUAUUAUCAUUUGACACUUGUUAAAUUGUUAAAACCAUCUGGAUGGCAUUGGUAUUAUCAAAUUGUCUGGUCAUCGUCGACCAAGAAAAUAUGGUCAUCGCAAGCUGUCAAAGACGGUUUUCCCGAGCAGUUAGCACUGCACUGUCUAUUUAAGAUUCGAUUUAAAUGUUUAAUAAAAUACUUAACAAGGAGUAGUAUAUAACUUUGGCUGUACUUUUUGAUAGUAUGUUACAGUAAUCAUUUUGUUGGCUGGUCGCUCAUCACGUUAUUAUUCCUCUUUACUCUUACUUCAUUUGUUUUCUUCCACAUCAACAUGAAUGAAGAAACGCAUUAGACAGAAUACAAACUAUAAUUAAUAACACUAAAUUCACCUGUUUUGUCAUAACCAAUUUUGUUUAAACUCACACAAGCAAAAUGCUAACCAAUCUUACAACCAUUUUUAACUAGCAGUCUUCUCUCUCUCUCUCUCUCUGCAAAUCCAAAUUCACACAAGCCCUAAGUUAUUUUCUCCGCCGUUCUACACCGUCAAUGUGGCGGCCGUGGCGCAAAUCGUCGGUUAAGACGCACAAAACAUACUCUCCCACCGCCUCUUUCUCCUUCAAAGACGUCCACCACCUCUGCACAGACGACUCCUCUUCUCUCCCUUCUUCUCCCUCUCUUUCCAGAGUUCUUCACCGAGUCUGCACUGCCAACUUGAUCCUCCGCUCCUGGCCAACUCCUCCCUCUAACCACCUCCUCCGCGCAGACUCCGAGCCUGUCACUCUACGGCGGAAUCACGAACCAGAUGUUAUACGGAUCUCCAUCCCCGGCGCGGAGAGCAGCAUCGUCGUCUACUUCACCAGCCUCCGCGUCGUUCGUCCCACGUUCGAGGACUGCCGAGCAGUCACGACGAUCCUCCGCACCUUCCCCGUGCGAAUCGACGAGCGAGAUCUCUCAAUGGACGCGUCUUACGCGGCGGAGCUGGAGCGGAUCUUCUUCGGCGGUAAGAAAGAUAUUCCGAAGCUGCCGCGCGUGUUUAUCGGCGGAAGGUACGUCGGGGGAGCGGAGGAGGUGAUACAGCUUCACGAGACCGGAGAGCUGAAGAAGCUCGUACAAGAGUUGCCGAGGGUUGAGCGAGGGGUUUGUGAGAUGUGCGGCGGUUAUAGGUUCGUACCGUGCAACGACUGUCACGGUAGUCAUAAGGUGUAUACGGAGAAGUUAGGGUUUAGAACAUGCUCGACGUGCAACGAGAAUGGUCUCGUCAGGUGUUCGUCUUGUUCGUAUUCGCGUCACAGGCCUAGUUCCUAGAUUUUUUUUUUGUUAUAAUUCUAUAGGGAAAUUGGAAUAUUUAAAAAUAUUUGUUUUAUCUGUUUUGGAAGUUUCCAUAUUUGUAAAGUUCGAAAUGGGAAGUGGUAGCUUUCGGCUUGUCUUUAGAUAGUUAGAUUCGUGUUAUAUUAAGGGCCUGACUGGUUCAAACGCAGCGGUUGCGGUUGCGGCUGCGGGCGUUUGCAGAUGCGGAUGGUUGCAGGUUUUAGCUGUUUUAAGAGAUUUGUACGACUGAUUCUGGGGUUAGAAAUUGGUGCGUUUGCGGGAUACUUAGAGCAUGAUUAUCCCAUGAUCCUUAAGCGGGUUUCUUUGUGAUUAUUUAAUAUUAUAAAUGUAUUUAAGUGGGGUUAAAAACUCUAGUUAAGAAACUCUCAUUUUGAGCGGUCUAAUGGGAGUUUCUUAAUUCGGAGUUCUUAAAAAAAAUUAUUUAUUUUUAAUAAAAAAAUUAUUUAUUAAAUAUCUAAAUAAAAUAUAUAAAAAGAUAAUAUUUAAAACAUAGAUUUAAAAAAAUACAUAAUAACAAAGAUUAGUACAAUAAUCGAAAAUAAUUCG